GCUGGUAGGGUUCUCACUUUGUAUGUACGCCGUACGUGAAAGCAUAUUGACCAUUAUCAUGUAAGAACUUUUAGCUGCGACACGCUAGUGUGUGUCUUUCUUCUCUCCCGAGUGACGCGCGCAUCACAAGAAACAGCAUUGAUUCACCCGUGAAUAUUUGCCAGUCAGUCAACGAAGCAGGAAUUUAUCCUGGCUGAACUUGAUGAACGAUCUUAAUUGACUUCUAACCGACUGCGUUAACCGUCAAGAAGACUCUUUAUCAUUCAAACAAGGCAGAUGUACAGCGAACCUUUAGAUUGUAGAACCCGUCAAACCAUGUCUACCGGUCUUGGCUGCAAACCAGAUACAAGUCACCAGUUCAAGGACAUAGAACGCCUGGCACAAGACAUGAGACUGCUGGCCACGAUGCCUGAAGUAUACGAUGUGCAUUUCAUCGUUGGUAAAGAUAAAGAAUGUGUUGGUGGAGUUAAAGCUAUACUUGCUGCAAGAAGCCGAGUAUUCUUCAACAUGCUGUUUGGUGGUCAAAGUCUUCGUACGACAGAAUCAGGCACACCUAAAAAGAGCAACAAGAAAGAGCGCAACUUCGCCUUCCUGAAGCGGGAAAGUCAAGUAAAAACAGAGCAGAAGGCACCAGCACAGAAAUGCUUGACUAUCCCGAUUGAAGACUUUGAAGUGGACGAGUUCGCACACUUGAUGGAGUUUUUACACUGUGGACGGUGUGUUCUCGACUCGCGAUGCAUUGUGGGGAUACUAGCCGGUGCAGAUUUUUUUGCGGUUGAAGAUUUACAUACGGCAGUCGUUAAGUUUGUUGAUAAAUGUAUCACUGUUCGUAAUGUGUGUACUUUCUUUUGCGAUGCUGAGAAAUACAUUCAACUCAAGUCGAUCAAAGCACUUGUUCCCAAACUUCUCGAGUUUACAGCCACCCACGCCCAUGAGAUCCUGGGUUUGGCAUCAUUCCGCAAUCUUCCACAACACGUUGUUCGACUUAUUAUGUCGCGUAAGGAUCUGAACGCCACCGAGUGGGAGAAAUUCACAGCUGUGGUAUCCUGGGGUCAUGCGUACUCUAACAUCCAUAACGUUAGCUUACAGUCUGCCGUAGAACCGCUGAUCGAUUGUAUUACUUUUUACAAAAUACCUACAAUGCAAUUGAUGCAAGAAGUCCGAAAAAGAAAUGUGGUUCCUGAUCAUGUGAUAAUGAAAGCCUUGGCGUAUCAAGCAGAUCCAAUGAGCGUUAAGCUCAACAAAGCUAAGCCAAUCAACGACCGACCUGCCAACCAACCCAAAUCGCCACGAAAAACAGAAUCUAGUUCCCAGGCCUGCAUUGACAUUAAAAGCAUCUCCGAGAAUCAUCAAGAGGAAGUUGUAGAUGUUAAACUUGAUCACCUAACGAAAGGUUGAGCUGGGUGUGAUUGGGUGUGUCAACACGAUAAAUGGCCACUUUAUCCUAAAGGGACGGUGGAUAACUUGAUGUACAGAUCAAGUUGCAAGAUGAUCAACAUUCAAAAACUGUACAGAAUACAAGAUUAUUUUUGCAUUACUCAUACUCUUUAUUGUGUAAAUAACUUUCAACCUCGUGUAAGGAUGAACGAAUAGUAAUGACGAGGGUAGAUUCAAUUGUUUCAACAUCUUUAUUCCUUUUCCAAAGUCAGUUGAUCAAACCUGGUAGGAAGACCUUUUCUGAGCUCGAUAAAUGGGAUUCAUCGUGGUCUAACUUGGAUACAAGCAAGACCAUUCAAGUCAUGAUGAACAAAAGAUGUUUGUACCUAAGCUAGACCACAAUGCACCAUGUUUCCUAUCUCAGAAAAGAUUGGAUGACUACCGUACGGUACAUGUAGAUCUGAUUGAUGGACGAGGAAUGAUAAAUUAUGUAUUAUUAUUAUAUUAUAGUUUAGUUAUUGCUGAUUGGCCUAUUUCAAAACGUUGUCAUCGAGAAAAUAUGAGAUAGGUCAUCUCAAGAUCCAAGAAUAGCUGGAAUGACUUAUGUUUCUGUUUCUUAUUCUGGUCAAGAACAUGGACCUUAGUGUUGAGACUGAUUCAGUGUUUUUUGUAUUCAACGAAACCAUUUCCAUGUCGGAAUGACCUAUCACCUAUCACCUUUGGCAAUGACAAAGUUUUUUGAAAUAGGUUUGUGGGUGUGGCUCGUUGGUCGUGCAGGAUAACAUCAUGACAACAAUGUUGAUUGAGGAAUGAUAUUUGAUAUGGUGAAUUGGAUGAUUUGAAUAUAGCAAAAUGAAGAAUCCCCUAACAAUAGUUGUGUCAUUAAAAACCGAUGCUUCCUUAACAAGAAAA